AUGUGUUUUGCGUGUAGUGUUGCUCCCGCCAAUGCCGCCAACUUUGCUACCCUCCGUGAGAUCGAGGGCCGCCUGAAGUCCAUCAAGAACAUCGAGAAGAUCACCAAGACGAUGAAGAUUGUUGCCUCCACCCGUCUCAACAAGGCCCAGCGUGCCAUGACUCUGUCUAGAGCGUACGGUGAGACCUCCGAGGCCGUCUUCGGCCAGGCAGAGACCAAGCCCCUCGAGGGUCUCAAGACCCUCUACAUCGUCGCCAGUUCCGACAAGGGUCUCUGCGGUGGUAUUCAUUCCGGCCUCAGCAAGGCUACCCGACGAAUGAUCAUGGAGAAGCCCGAUGCCGACAUUGUUGUGCUCGGAGAGAAGUCCAAGGGACAGCUCUCCCGAUCCAACGAGGAUAACCUCGUCCUCAGCUUCGCUGGUGUCGGCAAGGACGUCCCUACCUUUGCUGAAGCCCAGGCCAUUGCCGACCAGAUCUGCCAGUUGCCCACCGACUACGCCAGCAUCAAGAUCGUAUACAACAAGUUCAUCAACGCCCAGGCUUAUGAACCCACCACUGUCGAGGCUUUCUCUGAGGAGGCUAUCAUCCAGUCCCCCAAUGUCGUCGCUUUCGAGGUUGACUCCGAGGUUCUUGCUAACCUCCGUGAGUAUGCUCUUGCCAACAGCUUGUACUGGGCCUUGGCUGAGGGACACGCUUGCGAGAUCUCUAACGCUUCCAAGAACGCAGGUGACAUGAUUCAGAGAUUCCAGAUUCUCUACAACAGACAGCGUCAAGCCGCCAUUACCGGUGAAUUGGUUGAAAUUAUCACUGGUGCCACCGCUUCCGAGGAUAUAUCCAUUCACCCAUUUUUGUACAAAGAUAGUUGUAUUCACAAGAGAUGUUUCUUUUGUUUCCCUUCUCCCAUCACACUAAAUGUCUGUGGUUUCCCCCUCGCUCCUGUAAGAUCAAUUGUUACCAUCUAUAUCUCUAUCCAUGAGCUCAAUGGUGCCAUCACAUCACCGUCUUUGACCAACAGCAGCAUCAUUUCCUUUCUUUCUACUGUGUCCGUCCUUUUUCCUUUCUCAUCAAGAGUCAAGGCUCCAUUUCCAUACCGGAAAUUUUAUAGAGCCCUUGACGUGAAUACAGUCUCGUAG